UUGUCAGCUGACACAGAUCGUCUUGUAUCAUAAUUAUGUGAAGGAAUAUUCAAUAUUUGAGGACAUAAAAAUGGUUGUUUUGUUCACUAUUCUUAUGAUUUUGUAUAGCCUGAAUUUGGUCACCUUGACGCAAAAUGCAGAUAACUGCAUUGACAUAUGCAUAUAUUAAUAUAAGAUAGCAGUUCUCCACUUUUGAGCUAAGGUGAUGACGUGACAAGUGCUCAAGAAGCAAGUUCUCAUUGGUAUCUGCAGACAUUUCAACAUCAAAAUUGUAAAGUUUAAAUGCACGGACGGAUGUAUCAUUGGUUUCAGAAUUAAGUUAAAGUUCAGACAAUUCAACAAAAACAUCAAGCAAGACAUGUAGAUGAGCAGUGACACUCUAUUUUGCAGUGUAUUAAUUUGCGGCAUUUUUAGAUGAAUGAUAAUUAUGUAAAUUCAGUUUUAUUUCAAACAUUUGUCAACUUAAUGUAGAUAAAAUUGGGCUGUAACAUGUUUAAUCUGUGUUGAUACAGUGGAUGUGGUUGAUGAUAAUUAUGUUGACAUUGUUUAUCAAAUUGUUUAUCAGGUAAACAAUUUAUUGUUUACAGUUGAUGUGUGCAUUUGAAAAUUGUUACAAAUUGGAAAGUUAAAGGGCUUUAAUUGUAUUGAGAAAAAUUUUGAAUUUGUUUGAUGGACUAGUAAUUUUUGUUGGAUUUAAAAAAAGUGAUAUUUGGAAGUAUCGUAUUCAAAAAGUAUAUGUAGGCUUGUUCUUCUUGAUGUGCUGUUCAUUAAUUGGUGACAUAGGGUUCAUUUGACAGUUUUUGUUGUGCUAUAUUGGGAAUAGAUUCAAAUCGUUUCUAUCAUUAAAUUUAACUUUACAGGAAAUACUGAGUGUAUAUUUUAACUAAUAUUCAUUGAAUUAUUUAAGUGAACAAUUUGAAAGUAUUGAAAGGGAGAAAAGAAUUCAGCUUGAUAUAAGUGAAUAUUGGACUUAAUUUAUAAAGUGACAUUAUGUCUAUAACUUCAACACCACGACCACCAAAUCCCAUGAGGCUUCAGUCACUGAGUGAACGGAAUGAAAGUACGCUGUUCCAGAGGCGGCGGCUACAUCCACAUGAGCAUGAUAACCCCCCACUUGUGGGUAUACAUGAGAUCGGAGCCCAGCAUGGGGCUGAUCAACCUGGGGCUCCCUUGCCAGGGUUCCCUGUUCAGAAUGGACCAAGUUCUGACAUGUCUAUGGGCAUUGGAGUGUGUUGUCGAUGUGGCGAGGGUUUUGGACAACACCAGCAGAUCGUUAACUCCAAUGGUGAAGUGUGGCACCCACAAUGCUUUGUGUGUGCCCAGUGUUUUCAACCUUUUCCUGAAGGGAUUUUCUACGAGUUUGAAGGAAGGAAAUACUGUGAGCAUGACUUCCAUGUUCUGUUUGCCCCCUGCUGUGGUAAAUGUGGAGAGUUUAUUGUUGGACGAGUGAUCAAGGCUCUAAAUAACAGUUGGCAUCCGGACUGUUUCCGUUGCCAGAUCUGUGCUGGACCCCUGGCUGACUCCGGAUUUGUGAAAAAUGCUGGAAGAGCACUGUGUCGGGAGUGUAAUGCCCGGGAGAAGGCUCGUGGGUUAGGGAAGUACGUCUGCCAUAAGUGCCAUGCUAUAAUAGAGGAAGGACAUAUAAAGUACAAAGGAGAAGCCUUCCAUCCCUAUCACUUCAACUGUAACUCGUGCAGUAUUGAGUUGAAUGCGGAUGCGAGAGAGGUGAAUGGAGAACUGUACUGCCUAAGAUGUCAUGAUAAGAUGGGUAUACCUAUCUGUGGAGCUUGCAGACGGCCCAUUGAGGAGAGAGUUGUCCAUGCCCUAGGAAAAGCAUGGCACGUGGAGCAUUUUGUGUGUGCCAAAUGUGAGAAACCUUUCUUUGGCACAAGACAUUACGAGAAGAAGGGACUGGCAUACUGCGAGAUUCACUACCACCAGCUGUUCGGAAACAUCUGUUUCACAUGCAACAGUGUCAUCUCCGGAGAUGUAUUUCAUGCAUUUAACAAGGCGUGGCACGUGAAUCAUUUUGCAUGUUCUAUAUGUGAUAGAAAGAUGAGUCAAAAGACAAAAUUUUUCGAGUUUGAUCUGAAACCAGUCUGCAAAUUUUGUUACGACAAGUUUCCUGGUGAGUUGAAGAAACGACUGAAGAAAGCGUAUGACGAACAGAAUAAAAAAUAAAACAGGGAUUUAAUUACGCAUUUAUUGUUUGAUAAUAUUGUUAUAUUCAUGCAUGCCUUAGAAAAUGUUAUAGUUAAAAAAUUUUAGUCUAAACUGUUUCAGUUAUACAUUAUGUAAAUAGAAUAUAGCAGUUUUCAAAAUACAUGUAUUAUAAUUUAUAUGCUUAACCCAUUCAUUUGACAUUUGUUAUAUCAGAUUUGCUAGGGAUUUCACAAUAGGGAAAAUAUCUAUCACAAAUACCUAGUUCUCUUGACUGAUAAAGAUUUUUUUGAUGUAUCAUGUGUCAACAUUUGUACUUGAACAUUGUCUCCUCUGAAACUACAAGUCAAUAUUACACCAAACUUUGUGAAGUUUUUUUUUCCAAUGGUUUAGUUUGGUCCCUGUCAGUGUCAAAAGUAGAAAAACCUUUAAAUGAGUUCUUCUCAUGAAUCACAUGAUAGAUCUUCAUCAAACUUUGUGUUUAUCAUUAUUGAAAUUGUUAUGUUGACCCGUUCAGGGGCCCUCUUGUUUAUACUGAACACAGAUGUUACAAUUCAUGAUUCAGUGUGUCCUCCACAUAUCCCUAGUCAAAUAGUCAAGAUCAGGUGAGCAUGUAGGGCCUCUAUGGUCCUCUUGUACUUCUUAUACAAUGUAUAUUGACUUUUAUUCAUAUGGUUGGCUUGCUAAAUGUCUGGUUUUGGCAAUUUAGAAAAAAAUAAUUCCAGUAUAUUUAGAAUGAAUUUCAUAAUAUCUAUAAGAAGAUACUUUUAAAGCAUUAAAACACAGGCAAGCAAAAUAAAACACAGGCAAGUAAAAAUAAUAAUAGACACGAGUCUGGUUCGUGAGAGGGCCUUUUAGCAAUGGCUUAAGUGGUAUUCUAUUACACAGAUAAAUUCAGUGGACUUUUAUAUCUCAAAAGACCAGAAAAUGAAACAAUCGGAGUCCAAGUUAUGGAAUACUUUUAUUCAAACAGUUUCAUUUUACCAUAGCUCCAACUUCUUGAUGAAAAAACAAAGAUCUGCCAUAAUUAGAUCUGACAGUAAGUUUAUGCGAUCUCAGUUUGUUACCAGAUAUUAACAAAUCUAUUAGAAGAAUACAUAUUUACUUACAAAUGAAUGUCUCCUUUUAACAUUGUUAUUACUUGUAUAAUAUACUGUAAAAUCAUAUGAUUUUGUGGAGAUGAAAGUUCGUGGUUUCAGGUAGAAAGACUAAUAUGGGGGAUCUGUUUUUCAAUAUUUCCUGGAUAACGUGUUAAGAUAAAAUGAAUGAGAAUUUCGCACAUUUGUUUAUUGGGAUUUAAGUUUGUUUAUUGACACGACCACAGAAUGCACGAAAAUUAGUCCCCCACAAAAAUUAAUAAUAUUACCGUACUAGACGCAUAAAACUUUUGUAUAUUAAGAUGUAUUGAAAUGUUAAAUAUUCCCAAAAAUAUUGGACAGUCAUACAUGUACAGUCAUUAAUGGUGUAAACUGUUUGUAAAUAUGAAUCAUAAACUACACGAAAAGUGCAAUAUUUAGCUUUUAACAUAUUAAACAUUAAGCAGAAUAUAAGGUAUGUAUUCAUUUCGUCCCAGUAAUGUAGAUUUUCAUAUUUCUUCAUUUGUAAUGACAGGUUUUGAGAGAUAAUGAAAAUGUGUGAGGUGUAAAUAUGCCAAGCAGAAAUCAUAAGCUUCUACUUAAAUACAUUAAUCAAAUAUCACUGCCAUAUUUGUUCAAGUAAACCUGGGGCAUCCGUGGUCGAGUGGUUAUGGUCGCUGACUUCAAAUCACUUGCCCCUCAUUGAUGUGGGUUCGAGCCUCACUCGGGGCAUCGAAUUCUUCAUGUGAGGAAGCCAUCCAGCUGACUUACGGAAGGUCGAUGGUUCUACCCAGGUGCCCCUGCUCGUGAUAAAAUAAUGCACGGAAGGUCACUUGGGGUCUUCCUCUACCAUCAAAAGCUGGAAAGUCGCCAUAUGACCUAUAAUUGUGUCUGUGCAAUGUUAAACCAAAAACCAAAAACAUUAAUUGUUUAAGCAUUUCUGAUAUUAAGUUUCACAUGUUAAUGUAUAACAUUUUUGUAUGAUAAUAAAAAUGAUUACUAAAUAUUUCAUACUUUAAGCCCACAGGCUAAUAAAGUUCUAUUGGACUUUUAUUCACCAAUGUCUUUAACUAGGAGAAAUCAUUUUUCUCCAUUUUUUGUGUUGCUUAAAAAGAUUCUGACAUAGAGAUAAUAUAUUUGGCAAUAUUUCUGACAAAAUAUUCUGCAGAUUGUUUUUUAUCAUAACAAACAUACAAGAAAAGUUUUCAUUCUUUUUCUUUUUGUACUUUUAAAGUUUAUAUAUAGAAAAUUGAUAAAUAUCAUUCAUAACCUUGAAACAUUUCAGAAACAUGUGAGUGUUGAUUAGGUAUCUGUAAACAUGUCUUACUUUAUGCUUGAGUUAUGAAACAGGUAAGUACUUUAAUUGAAUUAAAUGAAAUGCAUAGAAAAUGUCAGUAUUUCUUAAAUCUAUCUAUAUUGAUAUUGUUUUGAAUAUUCAAGUAGACCUAUUCUACAUUCAGCAUAAAAUUAUAUUUUUCAGUGAAGGAAUCAUUAGAAAGGCUUCAUAGAGAACUUGUUGAAGAAUAAUUAGAAAUACAUUAUAGAAAACCUUUUUGUUAUUAUUAUUGUAUUGUAUCAUGAUAUAAUGCUAGUUAUUGUAAUUUAUUUUAGAUAUAGCGGUUCUGUUAAAUACAUUUUCAGUUACCAUUAUAAACAGUUGCAUACAUUGUAUUUGACAGAAUAAAUUUGCAAGAAGUA